AUGGAAGCACUAUGUACUGCGGACAAGGAUACAUCCGGAAUAAAUAUGGAGCCGUACAAGGACUUCUGUAAAAUUAUGAUGAGGAAUAUACUAAUGGUAACAGAUAAGAAAAAUCAAUAUGAAAAUGGAGGAAGAAAUUGUCAGAGAACAGUGCAGGACAUUACCCUAUGUGAACUAUUAAGAGUAUGGAUGUAUUAUAUGGCUAUCUUCUGUAUACCGGAAGCAGUUAUACAAUAUGUCCUGAGUGUUGUGAAAGUAGUAAGGAAAAUAUUAAAUAAGAGUCAGAAGUAUGCGGAAUGUGCAUAUGAAGCUGCACUAAGAAUUGCGUAUACGGGAAAGACUUAUAACUUAGAUGACCCGUACUACGAGCUAUUUGACACAUAUAUGUUGUUUUUUAAAAUAAUGAAUGAAGCAACUAGCAAGGAAUGGUGUGUCAAUAGGGAUAAAUGGCAACAAAGGAGAGAGGCGCCACCAGGUGCAGACCCUGCACGCACAGAAACAGAAGUGGAUGAUAAAAUAAAGAAUGGUAAUAAGGAAUUUGAAGACUUGAAGGAAAUUAUUUUGAAAGUUAAAGAUAGAGUAGAGGAAAAGAAAAAGAAACCAGAAACGGAAUCAGCGUCCACCCAACCUCAACCUCCACCCCAAGCACCAGCAGCGGCACCACCUGAAGAGGAAGAAACUUCUCAAGACAAAACGCAAGAAGGGGAAAAAAAGCCUGAACAAACGACCUCAGAUGCAGAGACCCCUGAGGGAGAGCAAGAAGUUCAGGAAGAGGAAGAAGAUCCAGUCUUUCUAUUUAUUCAUUCCCUACAGCAGCAGAAGACACUGAAACCAAAGAUGAAGCAGCUGCUGAAAACACAGAAAGAGCACCAGCUGCACCUCUACCUCCUGCUGUAUUUUGCCUUUCUUGGUAAGAGAAGAAAACGUUACAGAAGAGCUCAUCAAGUACGUGGUCCUCCAACUUUGGAAGAACAACCUCUUGAUCAUGUGGACCAAGAUGAUGGUUCACAUGAAUACACCUUAAUAAAGGAACGAAAACCUCCUUCUAUUCCUAUAAAAAGGAUGAAAAAACAAGGCCUUGGUCGCCGUCCUGGUCGUCGUCGUGGUGUUCGUCGCCGCAUGAUUAUUGAUAUUCAUUUAGAAGUCUUAGACGAAUGUCAAAGGGAGUAUUUGCAUUCGAAGAAGGAAGACUUUUUUGAAAUUUUGGUGCAAGAAUUUAUGGGAUGCGAAUUUAUAAAGGAGGAACGUGUUCCUAUGGUUGAUGUCCCUAAGGAGCAGGUUCAAUGUUCGGAUUCGGGGUUUAGGGAAGAAUGGCUUUGUUCCUAA